UCACAAGCGCUGUUUGUUUUGCCCCGGCAGCGGAGUCCUGCCCGCCAUAACCCGCAGCAAUGGCCGCCCCGGACGAGCUCCAGUUUCGUGAAUUCGACGAGGCAGCCGACUUGCUGGCCGGGAACCCCGAUGCCACAACCACCAGUAUCAACGAGCGGCAAAGCCACGUGGCCGUGAACAUGAGCGCCGACUACGAGGAGGGCGAGCUAGGGGAGGAGACAGAUAAAACCGAGCUCCUGAGUGGCCAGAAGAAGCAGCCCAGUUUCUGGACCUUCGAAUACUACCAGACUUUCUUUGAUGUCGACACCUACCAGGUGCUGGACAGGAUAAAGGGGUCUCUGUUGCCGUUGCCUGGGAAGAACUUUGUACGGCACCAUUUACGGAACAACCCUGACCUAUAUGGGCCCUUCUGGAUCUGCGCCACGCUGGCCUUCACGCUUGCCAUCGGCAGCAACGUGGCCCAUGCCCUGGAGAAACGGGGUGACCCCUCCUUCCACUACAGCCCCCAGUUCCACAAAGUGACCAUCGCUGGGCUCAUAACCUACUGCUACGCCUGGCUGGUGCCCCUGGCCCUCUGGGGCUACCUGCAGUGGCGCAAGGGCCUCAGCAUCCACGUGGGAUCAUACAGCUUCCUGGAGACGGUCUGCGUGUACGGCUACUCGCUCUUCGUUUACAUCCCCACCUCGAUCCUGUGGCUGAUCCCGGCUUCCUGGCUCCAGUGGCUCCUGCUGGCCUUCGCCGCAGCGCUCUCAGGCUCCAUUCUGGUUCUUGCCUUCUGGCCACUGCUCCGCUCCGACAGCAAGCCGGCCACACUGGCCACGCUGGCCGCCAUCGUCUCGCUCCACGUGCUGCUGGCCGUCGGCUGCAAGCUCUAUUUUUUCCAGACGCUGCCCAGCACUAUCCCUCCAGUGCACCCCCUGGUCACGGCCCAGCACCCCACAGUGCUGCUCCCUCGCCCGGCCAAUGCCUCCGUCCCCCUCCACCACUGAGGUGUGGAUCCCCCAGCACUGGGCCCAGGCAAGAGCCCAGAGCCGCUGCUGGGCCUGGGCUCCUGCCCCCUUGGGAAGGCCCCUUCCUCCGGCCUCUCCCCCAGCCACGCUGCACAGGGAGGGGGUGGCAGCUUGGCCAGCAGCUGAGCCCAGGACACUUAGCACGUCUCAUUCUUCCCCUCCCCCUGCAUCAGCACUUCGGGUCUGGCUCAGUCCCAGCUGGGAGCAGGGACAUGAGCUUGUGCCCAGCCCAGCACCCACCGAGCCCCAGCCAGUGGCAGGCGUCCUGCCAGCAUGAACCCUGGGCCCUGCUCUUGGGGCAGCCCUGCAGCACAGAGAGACUGUUCGCAGCCCCUGCCCUGACCCCCUGGGGUGAGGCUGGGACAGAGCACAGGCCAGACACUCACGCCCCCCAUCCCCAGGGCAUGGGGGCAGGGCAGUGCUGGCUGCUCCCUGCACAAGGCCCAAGGACUGGGAGCUGGCAGCUGUUUUCUAUGCAAAGGUGAUUGAAAUAAACAAGUGGGGCUUCUCCUGCC